AUGUAUAAACAAAAGUCCUUAGAAUCAAGAGAUAUAAAUUACAUAUAUGAGAAUUCUUUCGUUUGGGUACAUAUAAAUUCUAUUAAAAAGAAGAACUCUUUAUUAUAUCGAGAGAUUUAUGAAUAUUAUAAAUAUCGAAAUAGUUCUUUUUGUUUUUUUAAAGGGAGCGUGAAAAGAUUUGUUUCUAAAAAUGAAGUAGAAAUAUAUAUAUUUAUAGAUGAUAAUUAUAAUAUAUGCAAAGAUAACUUUAAUUAUAAUAUAAUAGAAAAUGUAAAAUAUUUAUUGCCUAUAGAUACAAAUUUUGGUUGUAGUGAUAAUACACAGUUGAUAUAUUUGAAUUCACCAAAUUUGUUAGAAAAUAUUUAUCAAAGAUAUAAUAAAGCAUAUAUAAAUAAAGAGAACCGAAAUUGUAUUUAUACAUAUAUAGGUUAUAUCUUAUUAUCUGUAAAUCCAUAUGAAAAUUUUGAUAUAUAUGAUGAAAGUUAUAUGAAAAAAAUAAAAGAAAGAAAUGAUUUAUUUGCAAUUCCUCAUCCAUUUUCAAUAGCCAAUGAUGCUUAUAAUUGUUUAAUUGAAGAUAAGAUAAGUCAAUCUAUAAUUAUAAGUGGAGAAAGUGGAGCUGGGAAAACAGAAUCAUCAAAACAGGUUCUAAAGUAUUUAACUUAUUUGAGUUAUUUUCAAAAAGGUUAUAAGAAAAGGAAAAAGAAAAUUAUACCAAAUGAAUGUGCUAAUACAGAAUGUGAUAAUAUGAAAUAUGUAGAUAAUAAUAUGAAAUAUAUGGAUGACACUUUUUUGUGUAAUGAUAAAAGAACUGGAUACACCACAAGUGAUAAUAAUAGUCCUCAAGAAGAAAAUGAUACUAUCAAAAAAGGAAAAAAAAUUUAUCAUUAUGAUAAACAUAGUUAUAGUGAUAAUAAUGAUAAUAUAAAAAAUAAUGUAGAUAAAAAAAAAAAAAAUAAUAAUAAAAACAAAAAUAAUAUAAAUAAUAAUAAUAAUGAUAAUAAUUCAAAAAAAAAUAUUCCAAAUAUAAAUUUAAAUUCAGAUGAUUAUACAAAUAUUAUAAAUACUUAUUCGUCUUCCACAUAUGAAGAAAAAAUACAAAAUAGUAAUCCACUAUUAGAAUGUUUCGGAAAUGCAAAAACUAUAAAAAAUGAUAAUAGUAGUAGAUUUGGUAAACUAAUGAAAUUAAAUUAUAACGAAAAAGGUAUAUUAUGUUCUGCUUCCAUUGAAACCUAUUUACUAGCCAAAUCGAGAGUUGUUGAUGUUCCAAAAGGAGAAGGAAAUUAUCAUAUUUUUUAUUCCUUAUGUCAGAAUGAGAAAUUAUCAAAAGAAUUUGAUUUAUUACCAUGGUAUGAAUAUAACUAUCUAAUUGAAGCAGAUAAAAAAAUAAAAAACAAACACUCAUAUAAUAAUACUUAUGAUAAUAUAUAUUAUAAAAAUGAUAAUGAAAAUACUAAUAAUAUUAUUGAUCAUAAAAAAGAUAGAGUAAAAAGAAAUUAUGAAACGGAUGAUAAUUAUAAUUUAAAAAAGCAUAAUGAUAGAUCAUCUGAAAAUAACAAAAAAAAUAAAAAAAAAAAUGAUAUUAUAGAUGAUGGUAAUAAUAUGAACACUAAAUAUAAAAAGAACAAAUAUAAGGAUGAUGAUAUAAAUAUGUUUCAAAAAAAUAAUAAGAAGGAGGAAACAGAGAAACCAAGUGAUUCUAUAGAGUGGAAAAAUUUAUACAGCUUAGAUUUUAUCAUAAAAUGUUUUAAUAGUAUAGGUGUUCUUCCAAAUGAACAAGAAGAAAUUUAUAAAACUUUAAUAUGUAUACUUCUUCUAGGUAAUAUAAAUUUUGUUGAAAGUGAUAAUGAUCAAGAACCUAUAAAAAUUCAAAAUAUUGACAUCUGUAAAAAAUUAAGCCAACUCUUAUAUAUUAAAAAUGAUAAUUUAAAUAUUAAUAAAAUUAUCGAAAUAUUGACAAUAAAAAAGGUUAGAGAAACACAAAAAAGUUACACAUACCAACAAGCGAUUUAUAAUCGAGAUGUUAUAUCAAAAAUUUUAUAUCAACUCUUAUUUGAAUAUAUAAUUUUGUGUGUAAAUGAUUCAUUGAAUGCUAGUGAUCAUAAUAUCUAUUCAGAAUCAUCUGAGAGGGAUAACAAUUUUGACAAUCAAAAUGUGCUCAAAGAAGAUAAAUCAUUUAUAGAUAUGGAUGAAAAAAAGAAGAAAAAGAGAAAGACAUUUAGGAGGAAAACAAAAAAUUUACAUAAACAAAAUGAAUAUGAUAGUGAUGAUAUGGAUGAAAAUAUAAUAAUCAAUAAAAAACUAAAUUUUAUAGGAAUCUUAGAUAUAUAUGGAUUUGAAAAUUUUAGUAAUGAAGGUAUGAAUGGAUUUGAACAAUUAUGUAUAAAUUAUGCUAAUGAAAUAUUACAUGCUUUUUUUUUAAAACAAAUAAUACAUAAUGAACAAAAGAUACAUUAUGAAGAAAAUUUAAGAAUAGAAAAGAUUUCUUAUAAUGACAACAGUAAUGUUAUUAGUCUUAUAGGAGAUACAAAAGAUAUAAGUAUAUAUACCAUAUUGGAAGAUUUAUCUUUAUUAUUUGUAUCUAAUAAAUCUAAUGAAGAUGAUAACAAAGAUAUAUUCUAUGAGAAGCUUAAUAAAAAUAUAAUAAAUUCAGCAAAGUAUAAAAAUAUUAUUAGGAAUUAUAAGGUUGAAAAUAAAUCUUUUAUUAUAUCUCAUUAUGCAGGUGAUGUCUUAUAUGAUUCUGCAGAUUUUUUCAAUAAGAAUGUUGACAUAUUGACUAGUGAUAUAGAAAUGUUUUUAUCAGGUUGUAAUUAUUUUAUAAGUGAAAAUUUGUUGAAAAAGAAAAGAUUCAGGAAUUGGAAAUAUGAAGCUAUUAAGGGGGAAAAAUUAAUGCCUUCAAAAGGGAAUUAUGAAAAAAUAACAUGUGAUGUGGCAAAACAAUGUGAUGAUGGGGAGAAACAAUGUGAUGAUGUGGAAAAACAAUGUGAUGAUGGGGAGAAACAAUGUGAUGAUGUGGAAAAACAAUAUGAUGAUGUGGAAAAACAAUAUGAUGAUGUGGAAAAACAAUAUGAUGGUGGAGCCAAAAAAUAUGAUGAUGAGGCGAAACAAUAUGAUGAUGUGGCAAAACAAUAUAAUGAUGGAGUCAAACAAAAUAAUGAUGGGGACAAUCAUUAUAAUGAUAAGAGCAAAAAAAAUAACAAAAGAAAACUAUCCGUGAAAGAGAUGAUAUCUCAUCAUGAACAGGAGUCAAAAAAUACGAUAUCCUGUUAUAAUAAUAGUAGUAAUAAUAAUUUAUAUAAGAAUAAGGUGAAAACAAUAUUUUCGUCUUUUAAAAAACAGUUGGAAGUUUUAUCAAAUAAAUUAAGUAAGACUUCAUCAAAAUUUAUAAGAUGUAUAAAACCAAAUCAAGAAAAGCAAGCAAAAUUAUUUAAUAAGAAUUUAGUAUUAAGUCAACUAGUUAUGAGUGGUAUGGUUGAUAUUUUAAAUUUAAUGAAGAAUGGUUAUCCUUGCAGAGUUUUAUAUGAUGACAUAUGGAUACGAUAUAGUGGAAUAUUACAAGAAGAUAUGAAAAAAUAUUUAACUCCUAAAAUGUUUUGUAAAAUUGUUUUAAUGUUUUUAGAAAUAAAUUCAAAUGAAUAUACCUUUGGAAAGACAAAAAUAUUUUUUCGUUUUGGUGUAUUAUCUAUUAUUAAUGAAAUAUUAAAUAAAAAUGAAAAGAAGAAAAAUACCUUCAUUCAAUGUGUUUAUAAAUAUUGGCUACAUAUAAGAAAAAGAAGAUUAUUAAAUUUUGUUCUAUUUGGAUGUAGAUUUAAAAUUUUAUUUAAAAAGAGAAGAGCAAAACUUUUAAUGGAAAAUGGAUUGGACUUAUAUAAUGAAUAUUUAUUUAAAAAAAAAUUAGAAUGUAUAGAAAAAAUACUGUUCUUUUAUUUUAAUGUAUAUAAACAAAGAAUUUAUUUCUUAAAAUUAAAAAGUAGUACAUUAAUUAUACAAAAAAAUUAUAGAACUUAUAUCUUAAGAAAAAAAUUUUUAUAUAUGAAAAAACAAAUCUUAUUUAUACAAGAUUAUUAUUUAUUUCAAAAAUAUUUUAAACAAAGAGUUAAAGCAGCUAAUACUAUAAGAAAAAAUUGGAUUAUGUAUAUAACUAAAUAUGAUUAUAAAUAUUUAUUAAAGUGUAUUAUUAAAAUACAAAGAGCAUUUAAAAAAUAUAUGAAAAAAAAAUAUAUACUUUAUUGUUUAAAAAUAGCACAUGUGAAAGACACAAAAAAGAAGAAUAUAUAUCACCAUGCUUUUACAAAAAAUGAAAUAGAAGAAAAAAAAAAAAUUUAUCCAUUAAAUAUAUUAAAAAAGAAUUCUUUUAAUGUUACAGAUCGAAUAGGUUCUUUUAUAUAUGUGCAGACAAGAAAACAUCGCCACACCAUUACAAUGGGAGAUAAGUUUUGUCAACCAUCCAUGAAUAUACAAAAUAGGAAGAAAAGAAAAACAUGGGAUGCAGGGAACAAUUAUUUAAUAUCCCAAUAUAGUACAUCAAGUACAUACAGUUAUUAUAAUGAGAAUGAAAAUAUUAAGAGGCAAUAUCAAAAUAAUAAUAGUAAUGUAAAUACCUUUAAUGAACAUAUAAAUGGGAGGAAAAGAAAAAAUAGCAAUAUUGAAGAUAAACCUAUUAUUAGUGUAGGAAAUAUUGUAAAAAAUGAAAGAAACAAAAUAAAAAAUAUACAGAAAAGUACGAAAAAUAUUAAUAAAAAUAAAGCAAAGAAUAAAUUUCGAUUCAGUAAUUUGAGUAUAUGUAGUGGUACUAUUAAUACGGAUAGGAAAAAUAUAAACUACAAAAAUGACAUGCUAAGCCUUAAUAAGAAUAAGAUGAAAAGGAAAACUUAUAACCAUGCAAAUAACAGAAAUGAAUUUGUUUCAAGUUAUAAAAGAGAGAAAAACAAAGUUUCCAAUCAUAUAAAGAAUACAAUAUAUGAUAGAUACAUUCAAAAAUAUAAACAAAAUCAUAUGUGUCCACAAAAAGAGAAGAAAAAAAAAUCCAUAUAUAUUAGAGGAAAUUAUAGUAAUAUCAGUAAUAUAUAUAGUGUAUAUAAACCUACAAAGGAAGAGGUGUUGGAAGAGCAGUAUGAUUUUGACUUGACGGAUGUGCUUAUAAUUCCAGAAGAUUUUCAUGUUACUCAAACUAACAUACCUGAACCGGAUAUUAAUCUUAUGAACAAUGAAAAUGAUAUUUUAUUAAACCACUUUUUAGAUACUAAUCUUGAUUCAAAAAUACCAUUAAUUGAAUUAAAAAUGUUCAAAUGUUGCUAA